UUUUUUUAGUCACGUUAAAUGGUUAAUGUUAUGCAUCUUAUUAAAUAUUCCGGUUAAAUCAAAUUGGUUCCUUUAUCUUUUGCUUGGUGGUACUUUUUGGGAGCCUAUUACAUCUACUGGUUAAUUUUCUCUCUUGAAUGGGAGGUCUUGUUAGCAGUUCUAAAGUGGAGAUGACCUGAUAAGAUUGCCAUUGAGUAACAUGUUUGAGAUGAUUAACUCGAGUCUUAGCUUGCCUUCAUUCUGUAUCUUUGUUAUUGCACCCAAGAGAUACCACACAAUGGACAGAGUUGCCCAUAUAUAGGAAUGUGGACUUAAUCUGUAGACUAAGUCUAAGAUCCUACCCUGGACUGUUUUUAGUCCAACCGUAUAGAGCGGGGAGAGAGCAUUAGACUAACUCUCCAUGUUAGGAGAUCGUUAUCACUCAGCAGUAUUAUCGGUAGUAGUAAAGUGGACAGUCAUCCGUCAAAGAACCUCAUUAUAGAGUGAAAUGCAAUCCAUUUGUCUAGAUUUAAAACAAAUUCACUGAUCUAUUUACACAUCAGAGCAAACAGGUGAUUUUCAUCUUUUUGCUUUUGAGGAGAAAACUAAUUAAAGAGAUAGUGAGAAAAGAUUUUGGAUGCAUCGUUGAAGGCGAAACAAUGAGAAAUCAAAGAAGUUGACGUGACACAGGGAGCUAUGUUGUAAUCCUUAGAUUAAACCUGAUAUUAUCAGUUCUUUUCAAAAGGGACUCUAUUGUCACCACUGAUGUUAUUUUUUAAAUAUUUUGAACAACUCCCUGGAACUUUGGAAGAUUAAGGUGGAGUUUAGGAGACUUACUAUAUCUAACAGUCUUUGAGUCUACCAUACAUUGUGAAUGGAUUCAAUGGUUGUAAUUUGAGGGAAAAUUGAAAAAUGUCAUUGAUUCCCUUAUCAGAGCUGAGGUGUACAGACCACUUUGGGAAGGAGAUCUCCAAUGGCCAGGUCUUCCAGCCCAAGCCUGACCCCUGUUAUCAGUGUACCUGUAGUGAUGGCUUCCCUACCAUGUGUAAAUCGGUGUCCUGCAUUCCUCCCACUGGCUGUCUUAACCCGGUUAUGAUCGAUGACAAAUGCUGCAAAUUCCGCUGUGAAGAUGAUGGGGGCGGGGGACAUGGACAGUUUCCUCCCACUAACGCCACUGACCCAACCAAGAAUAAUGAUGCUAAUGGAAACUCUGAUAACAUGACAACUUUAGGCCUGAGACUAGUCGCCAGUACCAUCACUUCCUUCCUCGUGCUUGCUCUUCUACUUUUUAUGGGUCAUCGUCUAAGACAACGACGGCUUCUCCAGGCCAUGCGUAGAUACAGAGACAGUAGACGUCGUGAGAGGCUGGAGGAUGGAGAUAUUGACAGCAUAUCCCCAGAAUUCUUUGGUUUUGAAUGUCCCUCGUACGAUGAUCCCCCACCUCCUUACACCCCUCCAAAGCCCCCAGACCAAAUGUAUCCCAGGGAAGCUCCCCCUCCUUAUGAGGCUGUAGACAGUUCCAAUAAUAACAAUACUUCCUUACCUUGUCCAAAUAACAACAACAACAUCGGGUGUCAGACAUCACCUCGUGCCGCUCUAGGUACUGCUUGUUCAGCCAGUGGCAGAGUAACAGAAAAUACCUCAACUCUCUCAAGUCCUUGUAAUCCUAAUCUAUCAAGACACCAUAGUCUUCCAGGAUACUCGGACCAUAUUUCCAGUCCUGCACCGCCAAGAGGUUGUGAAAAUGCACAUGCUCAAGAAUCUAGGCAAAGAAAUACAAGGUUUUCCCUCCCUUGGAAAAGACACAGUAGGGAAGCUCAAAGAAGCUCUCAAACAUUGCCAACAUUUAACAGACAUAUUAUUGACCAAGUUAAUUUCUCUCCAGAUCUGUUAGAACUCUGGGAAGAUUCGUCCACUGCCACUACUGCUUCAGAGAUCCAAGAUCGGCCUAGACUGCCUGCUUCUGGGAGAAGAUACAUGCAACCCUCACAAAUAGCGGAGUUAAGUGAUACAGAUGACUUGUCCACAGAAAGCGGAAACCCUGCUGACCGAUAUGUCCAAACUAGUCGUCACAGUUAUGAUUCCUUGCCCGCAGUAUCUACUUUUAACGCAAACAGACCUCAACCACCUGCCAGAAGAGAAAGUAAUGCCAUACCAGACGUUUCUCUAGAUGAAGUCAGUUUUCAAGGUAGUGAUGCAAGAAGCAUGGGAGUCUCCCACAACUCCUACAAUAAUUCGUCUGAGAUCAGCAAUGAGCAGGGUGUUGGAGCCACUAAUGUAUUAGAAAACGAUUCUGUUUUGGAAGCAGAGGACAAUAUUAGGAAAAUGGAGCAAAUUUAUGACUCACAAAAUCUUAGAAUCCUAAGGUUAUCCAAACUCUUACAGCCAAGUUCAGAUUCUUCUGACACAGCCUGUGGGCAUUCUUGUGUGAUUAAUUAUCCUAACAUUCAGAAAUCUCAUUCCUCUCACUCUGGCUUGUCAGUCUGCUCAGAGACAGGUGAAAAGAAGCUCUCGACUGUAGAAGAAAGUGCUCUCAGUAAUGAUGUUCAAUAUCCAUGUUCUGGAAGAAUGCCAUCUAGGCUUACAGGAACAGAAACACCAUCAUACAGUGGGAUCUCAGACACUUGUGGUUCCUGUGAUACAUCCUCCCAUAUGGAGUCCUCCUCUGGUUUUCAUGGAUGUUCAAGCGAAGAUGGUGCAAGAUUCAGUCCUGGUUCACAACCAAAUCAUUCAUGUUGUUCACUUCAAAGUUUGUCAUCCAAUGAGCGAAACAAUAAUAGUGUGUUAAAUUCUUCCUCAGAUUCUAGUAGCAAAGCAAACAGAAGGGAGGAAACAAAAUCAAAGAAACACAAAACACUAUCUCCACAGUCCAAAUAUCACAAUGAUCAAAGCAAUGGUAAUUACAAUAGGAAAGCUUGCAGGUCCUCUUCUGUCCCUGCUAGACAGUUAUCAUUCAUUGAAGAGCUUAAGUCUAGGAAUGAACAAUCUACUAGGUCUCCUCAUUGUCCUGGUGCUUCGUCUCUUGAAUCUAAUGCUUGUAGUCAGAGUGCUCCCUCACGUAGUGGUGGUUCUGAAAUCUGUGAUACUCAUUGGCAUACAGCUGCUUCAUCAUCGUCCUCAUCCUCCGUGAAAAGAAACAACAGCACUGUCUCUCAUAAGUCAUCCUCUCAAAGUAGUAGCCAUAGCAGCCAUUCUGGGGAUGGUCUGCUGAUAUGCCCCCGCAAGAAGAAAUCUCGCUCUGCCAAACGCAAUCGCGGUAAGAAAACCUCUGAUAAGAAGAAGGCGGUGCCAAACAAUGAACCUGAAAACUCUGAAAGCAAGCACUGUAGUCUAGUGUAGUAUCACUGCCAAAUAGGGUUUGCAAGUAUCAACUGAUUUGCUAAUAACUUUCGAAAAGCAAUUUUAGACAUACAUGUUUUAUUAUAAACAAUUUUAUUCUGUUAUGAACAAGUGCUCUGCAAAGUUACUGAAUCUUUAUUACCAACACAGGUCUUUUUUUAUUUCUCUGUAUACAGUUUCUGUUUAAAUGUAUUUUGCAACAAUGUGUUGGUUGUACCGGUAUGUAUGCUUUUUAGUUAGUGCAACGAGGUAAAAUAAAUGUAUAUUGCUUUGUUUGUGAUCUGAUCUUAUCUGAUUUUUCCCUUCUGUUUAUUCUAAAUCUAAAAGGACCUUUUUGGUAUUUUAGAAUAUCACUUGAAGUGAAAGAAUAUACAUUUUUAUUAUUUAGGCAUUUAGUAAAAUUGCUUAAUACAUUGAUUUAAUGGCGUUGUUAAUAUUAUUUAAUAUUAUAAUUUUUUUAUAGAGAUUUUAGACUCUUUAUUGUUUUAGUCAUUUAGAGAAAGGCUGUGUUAGCUCUGUUCUAAAUUUACAUGUAUAUAUGAAUGAAUUCUAGUACAAAUACUGAAGUAUUAUAUCUCCUAUAUUAACAUCUAUUGUUUUUGGUUGUUGUUUUAUUUUAAUACCCUAUUUGAUGGUUCUUUAAAAUGAAUGUAUUUAGAAUUUUAUGUAUUAGUUGUUAUUAUGAAGUUGAUUUUUUCUCGACUCCUUUUUUUUUUCUGUAUUCAGUACAGAUUACUGUACAGUCUGUACUUCUCAUCAGGUUUAUUAGCAAAUAAUAUAAACAAAAACCUUAAAUAACCUUUCAUCAUUUUUUAUGUGAAAUGAAAGGAACUUUUGACUGGUGUGAAUCAUUGAUAGAUAUUUUUCUGUGCCAUAAUGUGACAUAUCACACCUUAGAUGUUAUGAGUGACAUUCUUGUCUGGUAUACCAUAGUGUGCAUAUACUUCAUACUUACAGAAAUAUUCUUCACUUCUUGUUUGUUAUGAUAUAAUUUGAUUAAAGCCAUGCAUACCCUUGGUUCUCAAAAAAACAAAAAACAACACAGAGUGUAAAUUGAAUCGAUUUAAUUCAAGUUAGAUCUUUUCUGCUCUAAAUACCGUAUAUCUGUAUUUUUUCGCGUGUCACAAAAUUUGCAAAAAUGGGGAAAAUAUAAUACAUUUUUAAAUUGCGUCAGUUAUUUUUUGCAAUUAAAACAGUUUCUUAUUGAAAAUGAUACAGGAUAUAUUUUUUGCGUAUUCAAUUAUUUGCGAUUGAAAAAGAUUGCGAAAAAAGCGAAAAUAAGAUGAUCACGAAAAAUACCGGAUAUACGGUACCCCGCUAUCAGUAUUUACCCUAACAGCAAGAUGCAUAAAUGAUCUACUUUGAAUAGGUUGAACUUGAGUGAAUCACUUAUAUCAAUGCAUGUACAUGUACUGCAAAUACAAUAUUUGUUAUUUGGUACAUGUUAUUGCAUUUUUGCAUGCUUUCAAAAAUAUUCAAGUAGGAACUAACAAAAUAUAGACCACCCAAUACUGUGCAGUGAAUAUUGCACCAUUGUUUGGAAGUGAUAAGCUUGGUGAAUGACCUAUUUUUUACCCUUAUCACUUUAUACUUAGUGGUACACCAAGAGAAUAAAACAUUAAUAAUUACUGUAUGCAGGGAAAUAUUCGCCUCGUUUUAUAUUUGCACAUUUCGCCCUCAUCACAGUGUAUUUAAGACUAGGGGAAUUCCAUUGUUGCAGGUAAUGCUAUGGAAUCAUUAAAAUUCAUGAGGGCCAUUUUUAGUGGAUUGCUUUCAAUUCACAGGUUCAUGAGGACAUAUGUAAUUUUGUGUAUACUCGUAUCUACGAAAGAAAUGUGACUUCAAAACCUUAAUUAUCAAUUCGUGGUGGAUGUUCAUUCGUGGAUGAGAGGUGCCCACAAAUUUUAUGAAAAUUGAGCCACCAUGAAAUCUAAUGAUUCCAUUGUAUCUCUUUAAAAACAACUGGAUCUGGGCAAAUUCAAUACGGUUUGAAACUGUUCGCAGGUGUAGAAGAGCGAAAAUUACACAUGGCGAAAAUUACCCUGUGUACAGUAUAUUUUUUUUCAACGUGAAUUAGGCUAUAGAAAGCUUUGUUUAAAGGAAAUUGUUACUUAAUGUAUACAUUGUGUACAUUUAAAUGUUCGAAAAAUUUUCUUGGAUAAAUAAAUUGUAAAAUUGUA